AUGUUGCCAGCUCCAGCCAGGGAUGGCCUCUAUCGACUGACCACCUACCUGGAAGAACUCGAUGCUGGGGAACUGAAGAAAUUCAAAUUAUACCUGGGGACCGCAGUGGAGUUGGGCCAGGACAAGAUCCCCUGGGGACGAAUGGAGAUGGCUAGUCCUCUGGAAAUGGCCCAGCUGAUGGUGACCCAUAUGGGGACAAGAGAGGCUUGGCUGCUGGCUCUCAAUACCUUUGAGAGGAUCCACAGGAAGGAUUUGUGGGAACGAGGACAGGGAGAAGACCUGGUGAGGGUUCCUCCGAAUAAUGGUCUGUGCUCCCUUGAGAGCCAAUCAGCUUACCUUUUGGAUGUCUCCCCUGGUGCUUCAAGGAAAGAUCCCCGGGCAACCUACAAAGACUAUGUCCGAAGGAAAUUCCGGCUAAUGGAAGACCGCAACGCCCGACUAGGCGAAAGUGUCAACCUGGGCCAUCGAUACACUCGGCUUGUCCUAGUAAAAGAACACUCAAAUCCCAUCUGGGCACAGCAGAAACUUCUGGAUACAGGGUGGGGACACGCCAGAACGCGGGGCCACCUGGCUAGCCCUAUCCAGAUAGAGACCCUCUUCGAGCCAGACGAAGAACGCCCUGAGGCACCACGCGCGGUGGUGUUACAAGGAGCAGCAGGGAUGGGGAAGUCCAUGCUGGCCCACAAAGCGAUGUUGGACUGGGCUGAUGGGAGGCUCUUCCAAGGCCGGUUCGAUUACGUCUUCUAUAUCAGCUGCAGGGAGUUGAACAGAAGCCACGUGCAGUGCAGCGCACACGACCUUAUCUCCAGCUGCUGGCCGGAACCUGAAGCACCCCUCGAGGACCUCAUCCGGGAUCCUGAUCGUCUCCUGUUCAUCAUUGAUGGCUUCCAUGAGCUUCAUCCUUCUUUCCAUGAUGCUCAGGGUCCCUGGUGCCCCUGCUGGGAGGAGAAAGGUCCCACAGAAAUCAUCCUCGGCAGCCUGAUCCGAAAGUCACUUCUGCCUCAGCUCUCUUUGCUCAUCACCACUCGACCCUGUGCUCUGGAGAAACUUCACGGCCUGCUGGAACACCCCAGGCACGUGGAGAUCCUGGGCUUCUCCGAGGCAGAGAGGCGGGAAUACUUCUACAGAUAUUUCCAUGACACCGGACAGGCGAGCCAAGUGUACAGUUUCAUGACAGACAACGAGCCCCUCUUCACCAUGUGUUUUGUCCCUAUGGUGUCCUGGGUGGUCUGCACCUGCCUCAAACAGCAGCUGGACAGUGGGGAGCUUUUAAGGCAAACAUCUAGGACCACCACGGCAGUUUAUAUGUUCUACCUUCUGAGCCUGAUGCAGCCCAAGCCGGGGACCCCAACCUUCAAAGUUCCAGCCUAUCAGAGAGGCCUUGUAUCUCUGGCUGCAGAGGGCCUCUGGAAUCAGAAGGUUCUGUUUGAGGAGCAAGACCUUGGGAAACACGGCCUAGAUGGAGCAGAUGUCUCGACCUUCCUCAAUAUGAACAUCUUCCAGAAGGACAUCAAGUGUGAGAAAUUCUACAGCUUCAUCCACCUGAGUUUCCAGGAAUUCUUUGCAGCCAUGUACUGUGUGCUGCAUGGCAGAGAGACCGUGAGGAGAGCACUGGCUGAAUAUGGCUUCUCGGAAAGGAACUUCUUGGCCCUCACUGUCCGCUUCCUGUUUGGUCUCCUCAAUGAGGAGAUGAGAUGCUACCUGGAGAGGAAUCUAGGCUGGACCAUCUCCCCUCAGGUCAAGGAGGAAGUGUUGCUGUGGAUCCAAGACAAGGCUCGUAGUGAAGGCUCCACCCUGCAGCGUGGCUCCCUGGAGCUCCUCAGUUGCCUGUAUGAGAUCCAGGAGGAGGACUUCAUCCAGCAGGCCCUGAGCCACUUUCAGGUGGUUGUAGUCAGCAACAUCUCAACAAAGAUGGAGCACGUGGUUUGCUCGUUUUGUGUGAGGUUCUGCAGGAGCACAGAGGUGCUUCAUUUGCAUGGGAGUGCUUACAGUACAGGCACAAGGGAUGGCACCCCAGAACCUUCAGGAGCCCAGACUCUGUCUGAACACUUACAGAAGAGGGACUUGCUUCCUGACAUCUACAGUGCACACCUCUCAGCAGCCGUCUGCACCAACCCAAACCUGAUUGAGCUGGCCUUGCACCGAAAUGCCUUGGGCAGCCGGGGUGUGCGGCUGCUCUGUCAAGGCCUCAGACAUGCCAACUGCAAGCUUCAGAACCUGAGGCUGAAGAGGUGUCAAAUCUCCAGAUCAGCCUGCCAGGAUCUUGCAGUGGCUCUCAUUGCCAACAGGAAUUUAAUCAGGCUGGACCUCAGUGGCAACAGCAUUGGGGUGCUAGGCCUGAAGCUGCUCUGUGAGGGGCUGCGGCACCCCAGGUGUAGGCUGCAGAUGAUCCAGCUGAGGAAGUGUCGGCUGGAGGCUGCAGCUGGCGGAGAGAUGGCAUCUGUUCUCAGCAACAAUUCACAUCUGGCAGAGCUGGACCUGACAGGAAAUCCUCUGGAGGAUCGGGGACUGCAGCUGUUAUGUCAAGGGCUGAGGCACCCAGUCUGCAGGCUGAGGACUUUGUGGCUGAAGAUCUGCCACCUUGGUCAAGCUUCCUGUCAAGACCUGGCCUUGACCCUCAGCAUGAACCAGAGCCUGACAGAGCUGGACCUGGGUCUGAAUGACCUUGGGGAUUCUGGGGUGCUUCUGCUGUGUCAGGGCCUCAGGCAUCCAGACUGCAAACUCCAGACGCUCCGGUUGGGCAUCUGCCGGCUGGGCUCAGAGGCUUGUGCAGGGAUUGCCAGCGUCCUGCAGAUCAACACUUGCCUCCGAGAGCUGGACUUAAGCUUCAAUGACUUGGGAGACAGGGGCUUGUGGCUCCUGGGGGAAGGAAUGAGGCACCAGGCCUGCAGACUCCAGAAGUUGUGGCUGGACAGCUGUGGCCUCACCUCCAAAGCAUGUGAGGACCUGUCUUCUAUCCUGGGAAUCAACCAGACCCUGAGUGAGCUCUACUUGACCAAUAACGCUCUGGGAGACAGCGGAGUUGGACUGCUGUGCAGGAGGCUGAGGCAUCCAGGCUGCAAACUUCGAGUCCUGUGGCUGUUUGGAAUGGACCUGAACAGAACAACCCACGGGAGACUGGCAGCACUUCGAGUCACAAAACCGUACCUGGAUAUUGGGUGCUGAGCACUAGUUUGCAAUCAGAAUGGACCCGAACAGGACCUUUAUUCCCUCGGACGGCUAUGAGAAUACUUGAGAACUUUUUAAGAUGAGCCUUAAAAAGUGGUGAGGUUGGAACUGGAGAGAUAACUCAGCAGUUAAGAGCUCUUCCAAAGGACCAGGGUUCAAUUCACAGCAACCACAUGGCAGCUUACUGUCUGUAAUCCCAGUUCCAGAGGUUCUGACACCCUCGCAUUCCAUAGGUUCUGACAUACAUGCAUUGUAAAAUUAAGUUUCAAAUAAAAACAGAUGAGUGGAUAAUGAUCACACAUUCAAGGUCAUCCUCAGAAACCAGCUAGAACUGCUAGUCUUGAGUCAGGAGGCCCAGAAAGUAUAGGCUGACAAAAAUGUUGAGACCUAAACACUCAAUCUUCGAUGAAGAUCUUCGGGUUUGAUGCAGACCCGUACAGACAGUUAACAUGGAAAUUGGCUUGUUAGCAAGAGGUUUGAAGAGCAGUAAUAUAGAACACGGGGGUACGGGGGCAGCGAGUAGUGGGAGGGGAUUGGACACACAUGGCAUUCCAGAUUUCAAAACAUCUUGGGACAUUUGGAUAGUUCAGUGGGGCAAAACUGCCACCUACUGGCCAACAUCCAGAACUACAGUCCAAUUAAAAUAAAUGGGAGAGAGCCACAUUUAUGCACAAGCUAGUUUUCCAGAGUCAAUUUAGUAACCCUUGCAACUAUAUAGAGGCCAUUCUCAUUGCCUGGGUAUAUCCAGCAAUGGGAUCUAGAUAUAUCCAUCUAGAAAACUUUGCAAACUCCAUUGCUUCUUGACUGAUACAUUUGUACAGUGGACUGAACAGGAGCUGCCCUCAGAAGCACAAAGGGUUCCCAGGAGACACAACCUGAGACUGAGCUGGAGAUGGAGCUGCAGUUGGAAGAUUGGCUACUAGCAUGCAUUCUGGCCUUAGGAACCAUAGAUUGCAUACCUGGUAGAGGGAGGCUAGCAAACAGCCAACAUCCAGAUGGAAAACUAGUAAGUUAAGCUGGGCCGUGGUGGCACAAAGUUCUAAUUGCAGCAUUCAGGGGGCAGGAGUUUCUCUGCAGCCUAGGCUGUCCUGGACUUGCUUUGUACUUGAUCUGCCUGCCUCUGCCUCCCAAGGGCUGGGAUUAAGGCGAGUGCUACCACAGCCAGCCGGUGAGUGCUGUCCUGGAGGGUUCUCUGUGUGUAUUACGGUUCUGGUAAAAUUGACUCUUAUCUUUAAUAAUUUCCCUGUCUUGUGAGUUUCCUAUUCUGUCAAGUCUUUCACCGUUUGUCACUCAGUCACACUUUUAAAACAUGAGUGCUUCCCUCAAGCAACUAACUUAAAGAUGUAUGACCACUCCUAGGACUAAGCUUUUCUUUACCUGAAACUUGCUCUGGCAUUGAACUGGGAUCUGCUUGCCUGUCUUCCGAAUUAAAGAU